AUGACUCUUCACCACGACAAGGGAAACACAAGUUUACUGUUCGAGGAUGCCGAUUCAGGUGCUAUAGAACCAGGAAUUAUCAAAACUUUGAAUUCUCGCCAAAAACCCUUAUCCUACCUGAUUUUCACCAUCUAUGUUGCAAGUUUCAUGGUUUUAUAUUUGCCGAUCAAUUGGUGGAUCACUAAUGUGUCCGUCAAGCCCGCCCUCAACCAGGCAGUUCCAAUUUCGACCAACACCAAUCAAAUCUUCCAAGAUGGAUGCUACGUACCAAUAUUUGAUCUAUACGAUGAAUCUGAAAAGUUAUAUAUGGUCCCAGAUGACCAUAAUAAGAAUUGUGAUCGGAAUUCGAAACCAUUGACGGAAUUAUCAAAUGGAUCAUGGCGAAUAAUUCAGGAAAAAAAGGGAACGACUUGUAAGGCAAGGUGCUAUGAGCUCCCUGAGCUCACUGGACCUCUCAAAAUAUCCGAUUGGUUUCCACCGGGACCCACCGAAUGUGAAUUUCUGGAAACGGGGUGUUGGGAGAAUGGCUUGUUUGGAGAAAGAGAAGUAUAUGGCUACAUUCACACUCAAAUUUUGCCAAAAUCUUUACCAAAACCUUCCAAAACCAAUAAGAACCUCUCGGAUGUAUUUGUGAUUCUUGUCGACUCUAUGUCGUCUCGUAUGAUGAAACGAUCCCUGGCGAAAACCGUUGAAUUUAUGACUCAACAAUUCCAGGCCGUUGAUUUUCCAUUCUAUAGUCAAGUGGCACUGCGAAGUCAGGUUAAUGCACUACCUCUUUGGUUUGGAAAACAAGUGGAAGCGGGAAGUAUGCAAGAUGGAAGAAAGAUUGAAGUCGAUUGGAGUGAGGAAGAAUAUUGUAAUCAGUAUUUGGAUGAUAAGCCAAAUAUGUUCAAGGAUUUCACGGAGGCAGGGUAUACGACUAAUUACAUCGAUGACUGGUAUUAUCAAUGUCUCACGUCCAAUCCGGACUGCAAGGGAUUCCAAAACUAUCACUCCAACCACUCGUUUUUUCCAUUUGUCAGCAUUUUAGAGAAAACAGACUUAAAAAUUACAAAAGAUCACUUGAAAGGGGAGAAAUCGUGUCGAGAAGUACAUUCGGCAGCGCUGGAGUAUUUUCAGCAGUUUGUAGAGGCUUAUAAAAACCGUCCAAAAUUUGUGUGGUAUUGGUCUGUCCACUUGGCACAUCACUUUUUGAUGGGCGCUGAUCGAUUUGACAUACCGCUGCUUGAGUUUUUACAGGGCAAUUCUGAAAUGUUUGACGACGCAUUUAUUGUGCUGAUGGCUGACCAUGGAUUCCGUGCAGGGACUCCUGAAUUCUAUAAAACUGAAAUUGGAAACUUGGAGCGUCAUAAUCCCGCGUUAAUGAUAUCUGUGCCUUAA